CGAAAAUGUUUCUUCUUUGCCCAAAAAUUAUCUGCGCUCAGUUGAUCAUUUAGUUGAAGGAUACCUUCUGAUCUCAUCAGCCAUGGACAUCGUUCUGGGCAAGAUCACACAGCAUGCCAUGAACUAUGCUAUCCGUGCUGGCAUUGGAAUUACUGCUUCUUAUACUAUCAAGCAAACCUCGCGACUACUGAGGACCGUGGAUGACAAUGCGGAUUAUCAAGAGCUUCGAGAUUUACAGGAAAUCUUAAAUAGCAACAUAAAGAUUCUAUCACCUGCAAUCGAUAUGGUGGAAAUCAUAUCUGCGAGGGGUAACAGCAGUCUGGAAUCAGCAGUAUCGAUGACCAGAUCUCUCAGGUGGGAAAUUCAAUCCCUCGGCAUCCGUCUAGCCAAGGCUGCUGAAGCAGAAGAGGCUUCGAGAAAAAGGAAAACAAGAGCAAUAUCAAAAGCGGUCCAUCAUGCUGAGAUCCGACUGAUCAUGCAAGACAUCAAGAAACUUCUCGCAAGAAUCGAGAAGGAAGUUCCUCUUAUCAAUCUCGCGAUCACCGCCUCUGGAGCAAAAAUCUCGACGACCAUGCCUGCCACAGUUUCUCCGUCACGCAUGAUGCAAGCCGGUACAUAUAUCAGCGAAAACAACUUAGCCUACUUUAGGAACCCAGACACAGCUGUCCAGGCAGGACCAACUUUUACACUCUCUCUGUACAUGUUGUUUGCGGGCCACUCAAAUCGUGUUCAUGAAGAUGCAGAAAACAUGAGAGAGAUGACUUGGAAAGAAGUGAUUCAUAAAGCUAGAGUCAAGCUUAUGCGCAUUCCCAUGUACUCCACUCAAGACCAAUCUUCGACCCAGAUUCUUCCGUCAAUUGAGCAAAACGAAGACUUCAUUAGAGGGAAUGGAAAACACAACGAGUACGCAUACCAUCUCGAGGUAGUGGAGGAUCUGGACGACGAUCGAGUGCACUCGUUUGGAGAGGACGAAGCUCAACCAGGACCAUAUGGAGAUGUCAAGCUCGCUGGUAUUAGAGAUUUCAUACCUAUACACCAGAUAUCAAAGAUCUUCUAUGCAGAUACCGGCAAGAUUUUGGGUAUCGGAGAUGAAGGUCAGGCAAAUAGUCCAGUCCUUCUGCUGAAGCGAGACAUCAAUGCCUUGCCACCCCGCAAGAUGAUGCAACAGAGCGAGUUAGGCUUGGAUUUGUAUGAACAAGAAGAAGAGGAUCAGGAUUUUGAAAAGCAGACGGAAGUGGAGAGCGAAAAUGACUCUCAAGAUGAUAUUGACGAGCAAAUUCGUAGAGAAAGCGCUGUCUGUUUACCCCUAGAGACAUCUACAGACCUAGCGGCCGAUGAGAAUCAUUGGCGCCUGCCCGCGGAUCUGGACCCAGAAUGGUUGGCUCUCGAGGUAUAUGUAGAACCCGAAGAGUCUGAUUCCGAGGACGAGCAGGAUGAGCAGGACAAUAUCAACGACGAUUCAGCCUACAUUUCACAUCGCCCAAGCUCAUCUGGCGAAGAGCCAAAUGGAGAGGCUCUAGCCAAUGGUCUCGCACACCUACAUCUCGAUCAAGAGUCACCACACAACCAAUCUCCUGCUCGUCGAACCAGAAGCCCAUCCCACAACUUAGACUCUUUCCAGCCCAGUGACGAGUCUCCAUACGGCCCUAUUAUCUCCUCACUUUCUCUCCUCGAAAUGCUAAUCCGUCUAGCGUCCCUCCAACAAUUCACACAAGCUCCACACCUCUGCGCCAGAGAUGAGAUUCUAACCUUCUUCCUCGAAGACUCUUCCACUACCGGAGCAGGCAAAGACGGCGAAGAGCGUCGACGCACCCGUCGCGCAGCAAGACAAAAAGUCGGUUUUGAUCCCUACGACGAAAGUCCCGUCAAGCGCCACGGAGAAGAUUACCAGUACCAGAACCAAGGCUCUCGUGGUAACACGCCUUAUGAUGAAUAUGACCAUCGAAGUGAUUACCCUAUGAAUAGUCCGAGAUGGGACAGAGAGCCUAGUAUGCUGAGUCAAAGGACUCCCGAACCUUGGAUGCGUAUGAGGGAUAGGAAUGGAUCAGGAUCUAGGUCGAGGAGGGGUACACCAGAAAUUAUGUCUUCGCCGAUCAGUCCUUAUAGACCACAGCAGAGGAAGGCUGUCAGACCGUUGAAUAGGGUGCAGGCCGAGCGGGGUGUGGGAAAGGGUAGUCCGUUGGGGAGGGGAAUGAGUGUCGAGACUGACUCGACGCUCGGAACGAGUCCGGGAAGUCCUACUUUGGUGGAUAGAGAUGGGAAGCUUUGAGAGAGAGAAGAGAUGAAUGCUUGCUACCGCGAAGAUUGCGAAUUGCUUAGUGAUUUUCUAUAGAGAAUGAUACCCUUGAU